UUUGGGACACACAACGCAGUCUCACACCAAGGGAAUCUGGAUGUGGUGUAUGCCUCAUCCCAAGAAGCCAGACCACACCCUGGUUCUGCUUGAUACUGAGGGCUUUGGAGAUACAGAGAAGGGUGACAACGAGAAUGACUCCUGGAUCUUUGCCUUGGCAAUCCUUCUGAGCAGCACAAUUGUAUACAAUACUCUGACAACCAUCAACCAGCAGGCCCUGGACAAACUGCACUUUGUGACAGAACUGUCAAAUUAAAUCAAGACAAAAUCUUCGCCUGAUAAUAAAGAGGUAGAAGACUCAGCUGACUUUGUGAGCUGCUUUCCAGUUUUCGUGUGGACUCUGAGAGAUUUCACAUUGGACCUACAAGCAGAUGGACAACCCAUCACUGCAGAUGAGCUCCUGGAGCGGGCACUGAAGCUAAAACAAGGUACUGAUCAAAAAAGUUUAAGCUCUAAUGAGCUUCGACUGUGCAUCCGAAAGUUCUUCCCAAUAAGGAAGUGCUUUGUAUUUGACCCGCCUGCUUUGAAGAAACACCUUAAACACCUGGAUAAGCAAAACGACAAAGAUCUGGAGCGUGAUUUUAUAGAACAAGUUGCAGAAUUCCGUUCCUACAUCCUCAGCCAAUCCAGUGCCAAAACGGUGUCAGAUGGCAUCAUUGUCAACGGGCCCUAUCUAGAGAACCUGGUACAGACCUAUGUUAGUACCAUCAACAAUGAGUAUCUACCCUGCAUGGAGAAUACAGCCUUGCUCAUGGCUCCGGGCGAGAACUUGGCUGUAGUGCAGAAGGCCAUGGCCCACUAUGACCACCAGAUGAGCCAGAAGGUGCAGCUGCCCACGGAAACCCUUGAAGAGCUGCUGGACUUGCACAGGGCUUGUGAGAGAGAGGCCAUUGAAAUCUUCACAAAGAACGCUUUCAAGGAUGUGGACAACUUAUUUAGAAAGGAAUUAGGGGACCAGCUGGAAGCAAAGCGAGAUUAUUUCUGUAACAAGAAUGUGAAAGCAUCAUCAGACUGUUGCAAGGUUUUACUUCAGGAUAUUUUUGGUCCUCUGGAAGAAGAUGUGAAGCAGGGAAAAUUUUCUAAACCAGAAGAUUACCAUCUCUUUAUUCAGAAGAAACAAGAGCUAAAGAAAAAAUACUACCAGACACCCAAAAAGGGGAUACAGGCAGAAGAAAUGUUGAAAAAAUGCUUGCAGUCCAUAGAGGACAUGGCUGAUGAAUUUCUGGAGGAUGAACAGUCACUCACAGAAAAGGGAAAAGAUUGAUGAAUGCAUGAAGGCUAAAUAAACAGAAGCUACAAACAAAAUGCUGGAGGAAACCAAAAGAAAAAUGAGCAAAUGGAAAGAUAAGAGUUAUCAGACACAUCUGAAACAGUUGACUGAGAAGAUGGCGGAGUAUAGGGCCCAGUUAAUGGCAGAUAAGAAAGGAUCUUCUUUUUUUUGAGAUUUUUGCUAUAGGGUGUAUACACUCACCCGAGAGACAGAGAGACAGAAAACAAGACAGCUCCCCCUGGGGAGAUUGGCCCCCAGGGAGUAUGGACACACACCACAGUCCCUUCUCCUCCAUUCUCCCCCUUCUCCAUUCUUCCCCUUCUCAGGGCUUAAACUGUAGUCAACUACGUGGGAGUCCACUGAUAAAACUAUAACACCACCUGCUCGACCCAAGGAUCUUAGCUCUUAAACUUCAGGUAUUCAAUUGCAUCAUCUCAGUGUUCUCUGCCAGUGCCUCAAAAGAAAAUCCUAAGCCCCCCACCUAAAGGAAGUGUCUGCCUCCUGUACUCUACUACAUUUUUCAUUCCUCUAUAAAUUUUACCCUAGACUACCUCUGGUUUUUAAAGGCUGCUUAUUUGUAGGAUAAAAUCCCAGAGACUCCUUCAUUAUGCUAUCACGAAUAAAUGAUAUUUAUUAAUACAAGUACUACAAAAGUGUUUUUGCUUUGUUUUGUUAUUUUAAAGUUUUUGUCAUAGGGCACACAUGCUCACCAGAGAGACAGUGACAGGGAAAAUGAAAAAUCACCCACUGGUGGGAUGGCUACACUCAAUCCCUUCUCCUUUCUCCUCCUGGGAUUUUGGACCCAUACCCACAUACACCUUAAUGACCACGCCAUCUAUUGGCUCUACUGUGCAAGGGUUUUACAGGCAGUCUGAUCAAAUCAGUACCUAAUGGCACAAGAACUAUUUUCUCAUUUGCUAAGUGAAGAAAAUGUAAUUUCAUAAGAGGUAGAUAAUUUUAAUAAGUAACUUUUCUAAAAUCAGACUAUCUGAUAAAAUACUUAGUAUGUCCUUCCUACUGGGACCCAUAGUGAUUUUGUUUCUGCAAUAUAUGGUAUGACUUUACCUCUGGAAGCUCCAUAAUGAGUAGGGAGACUUGCCAACCAUCUGCCCCCUUAAGCACACUGAUUAAGGGUCCAUGCUUUCAGUACCUACUUGUUCUUCAGUCUCUACUCUGCAUCUACGUUAAAUCUGAUGUCAGCUCAGAAACGACCUAUGGGUUACUUCAGAUCCUGAUCUCCUCAACUUAACUUCUGUUAGGGUGGCAUGUUGGUUAAGGCACUGGGCUACCCACAUGUUCGACCACAGUUCAAGUCCCAGACCUGUCAGUUUGCUUUCUAGCUUUCUCUGAAAGUCAACUUCUUUUUAUAAAAAAAAACAAUGAGUUCCAGGCAGCACAUUUUGCUUAUUUAUUAAUGCUUUGAAUUUUAAAAAAGCAUUAAUAAAAAUGCAUGCAAUCUUUAUUCAUAAUAGUUGCGUUCUCACAGGACAGUCAGACUACUGCACACAAAUACUCUUCAAUAUUAUGUUACAAUCAACCAGAACUUGUUUUGCUUGUUAAAUACAGCCACAGAUUAAUGAUUUUCAGAUGGAAAAAAUAAUUCGGAAUUUUUUGUAAUAAAUUUACCUAUGGUAACCUCCAAUUGAUCAAGAUUUGCCCAGUCUUAGUACAAUAAAAAGUAGCUUUGGAA